AUGUUUGUAUUAGAGGUAUGCGCUCCAGUCUGUACAACAGAACUUGGAGAAGUAGCUCGUCGUUCUAAAGAUUUUGCUGACCGUGGUGUGAAAGUUAUUGGACUUUCUGCAAAUGAAUUAUCUGAUCAUGAAAAAUGGGUUGAUGAUAUUAAUGAAGUUAAUAAUGUUAAUGUUGAUUUCCCAAUUAUCGCUGAUCAUGAGAGAAAAGUUUCCGCUUUAUAUGAUAUGUUAGACCAUCAAGAUAUUACUAAUGUUGAUACAAAAGGAAUUCCAUUCACUGUUAGAAGUGUUUUCAUCAUUGAUCCUAAAAAGAUCAUUCGUUUGAUGAUCACUUAUCCUGCUUCAACUGGACGUAAUUUUGAUGAAGUCAUUCGUGUCAUUGAUUCCCUUCAACUUGGUGAUAAACAUCGUAUCACUACUCCUGCUAAUUGGAAGAAGGGUGAUGAAGUUAUUGUUCAUCCUGGUGUUUCUAAUGAAGAAGCCGAGAAAUUAUUCCCUGGUUUCAGAACUGUUAAACCAUACCUUCGUUUAGCAAAAUCACCUUUCUAA